AUGGCGAACGCCAGCCAGGACUGCAAGCCGCGUCUCCGGUUCUGCCCGAACACGUCGGACCUCUUGUAUGCCGAGGAGGACAAGGAGCGGAGGGUCCUGGUGUACCGCUGCAAGGCGAAGAACUGCGGGUACGAGGAGGACGCGGAGCACGGGUGCGCGUACAGGCACGUCCUGAAGCACUCCAAGCAGGGCGAGAUGAUCCGCGGGGACAUGACGGACGACCCGACGCUCCCAAGGACCAACGACUACGAGUGCCCGGAGUGUGGGCACAAGGAGGCGGUCUACAAGCAGCAGGCGACCGUGAAGGGAAUGGACGUGUACUACAUGUGUGUGCAGUGCGGGACCGAGCGGCGUGAUAACGCGUGA